UGUGUGUGUGUGUGUGUGUGUGUGAGAGAGAGAGGUGGGGAUGGGGAGGUUAGAGCCCGGGCAGACGGCCGUGCUCUUUAAACGCCUUUCUUAGGUCCCACAAUAUGGUGCUUGCCACUUAACUCUACUGAUGGACUUGAACGUAAUUAUCGGAUUAGCGUCCUGGUGCUUGGGACCAGAAAAUAUUUACUGCACUCCAAUGAUGGUGCCGUGCUCUGGCACUUCGUUGGUUCUGAGUGGAACCUAAAAGUACGACUGACAGUUUAUUUAUUUUUUUGGAGGGGUGGGGGGGUGUCGUUUGUUUUUUGGGUUUUUUUUUUUGUGAUUCUGCAUAGAUGUAUUUGUUUGGAGAAGCAAAGUGGAUCCAGCAAUAGUAGUCUGAAGACAAAGCAAGAUUCUUUCACAGAGUCCAGGACACGCACCCGUUUCGGCCAAAUAAAAAAACCCCAGCCGCUCUUCUUGUUAUGUCUGUCUCCUCUCUUCCGGAAUGGAAGCAACUCCUGUUGGAGAGAAAGAGGAGAGAGGAAGAGGAGCGGGGAAGGCGAGAAAAAGAAGAGGAGGAGAAGUUUGCCAGCAUGCCUGCCUGGAAACGAGGGAUCAUCCAGCGGAGGAAGGCAAAACAGGAAAUCCUGGUUGACCGCGAGAAGGAGAGAGACAUCACUGUCCUGCCGGCGGAUGCUCAACCUCCCUCGGAUGUACUCAGUGAUCCAGAGAACGUUGGAACUGUCAGUCAGGCAAAUGAACCAUCACUCAGUCCAGAUCCAAGCCAAUGGAUGGAUGUAGACCUUAAAUCAGUCAGUCAGGUCUCUAUGGAAACCAUAGUUCCGGUCCAUGAAAACCCAUUUAUACGCACGCAGAGUCUGUGGAAGAAGGUCAAGGAAGGGGAUGUGGGCUACCCUGAGAGGGGCAAUGAGUUGGAGGUAAAAGAGCGGGAAAAGGACAAACUACCCCCCAGGGGUCAUGACGGGGAGAGCACAAGAGGAAGAAUUAUCGAACAGAAAAUUGAGAGAUUUCGAGAUUUGAGUGAAGGACGAGACAAGGAGAGGAGUAGAGACAGGAGUCAAGGGAGAGAGAAUAACGAGAUUUGGGAAAAAGGCACCUCAGCGAAAGAAUUCCCAAAGGAGGAAAAUGAAAGAGAUCCAGCUAAUUCAUUUACCCCCCUCGUCCCUUGUCUUCGAACCAUCCGUGCGGACAAUAUCAUCAUCAUCGAACAGAACCGCAGAGGCAGUGAUGAGAUCAGAACAAAAUGGAGGGAGACGGAAGUGGAGCGGCCUGAGGAGGACUUGCAAGGAAAGAGGGGCAUGAAGAUGGACCUCAGGGAGAUCCUGGCAGGGGGAGCAAGCGUGACCGAGAUCCGAGCUUCGGAUGUUCUGAUCAUCAAGCCCACGGCGAGCAUCGAGGAGCGGUCUGCGGGCGCGGGAGGACUCAAAAACGCUGGGAGAGAGGAUGGCGAGAUGUGCACCUCGGAUGCAAAGCGGGAGCACUUGGCCACGGAACUCAGAAGUGAAAUGUCACGGGUGAGGGAAAAAGAGAGCUCCAAAGAAAAAGAAAGAUCAUGCGGCCAGGCCACGGUGAUUAAGGAUGACAGAAAGAACAGCUUGGACGACAAUGUGUUUUAUGAAAGAGGAGGGAGAGUGAGCCAGCUGCUCACUAAAUUUGGGGAGUUCCGUAAGCCUCCAUCCAGAUCGAAAAGCUCAGAUAAUUUCCUUCGGCCCGGGAGGAGGAAAAAUUCAAGGGAAAAUGAUGACGGGGGGUCAUCCGAUGGGAGAAACGUGCCGCUCAAAGGUGUGCCAAAACGCUCAUUCAGCUUCUCUGAUAGGGUCGUCUGUCCAAAGGAAAAUGGGUUGGACCCAGAUGGGUACUUUGAAAGGAAACCACGUGAGAGGAUAUUUUCAGACAGGAGUGGGACAGGAUUAGGGAAGGAAAUACCAGCAAAGUGCAAAAUGGGCUGUGUGCGACUCUUCGACAAAGACAAGUUUGGGAAUCUUAAGGAUGGGCAAUUUGGAAACAAAGAUCAGACUGAUGCAAUACAGAAAAAAAGUGAGACGGGGAUGGGAUUCCAAAACAGAACCGAAGUCAAGAAAUUAGACCCCGUUGAAAGGAGGGCGACGGGCACGCCAAGUGAGGAAGAUCGAGAAGGUUUUGCAAUGGCAUCUGUAAAAAGCGCAGAGGGGAUUUCGUUUGCUAGAAGGAUACCAAUAAGGCAAGAUGGCAAGGCGCGGAUGGCUGAAAAAGAGUCGAGGAGACUCCCGGAGAAAGCUUUUAAAUGGGAUAUCAGUGCAGAGAAAGAUUCUGACCCAGGAAGAUAUUCCGAAGGACAACUUUGCGACAAAAUGGAUGCAUUUGAGAAAAUGGAGGCUUUUACCGGCCAAUCCGCUGCACAGAGUUGCUGUCGGCUUGAAUCAGACCAGGCAGAGGGCUCCGGUCUGCUCAGUACUGUUGCAGACAGAGGGGCGGACUGGGACGUUUUGUCCCAUCACACGGAAGAACUUAUCAGUAAAAUAGAAAAAAUUGUGGACGCGCCUGAUUACAACAAUGACAAAGGUGAAAGAUCCUACAGGAUCGAGUGCAAGCAAGGGGCACGUCAUGAGAUGGCUGCUUAUGAUGCAACCCCCAAAUCUCCAAAAGGCAUCCCUCCUUUGGGGAACCCUCCAGGACCCCUGGAGAUCCAGAUCCCUAGGACCGUGUUUUAUGUUGCAGAGGAGAUGGCGAGAAAGAAGACCACGGGUCAAAGCAAGGAAGGUAAAGACUCCGGAGACGGGCAAGGAGUUGAGAGGAGAGAUAGUUGGAGGGUUGGCAAGCCCUUGAGCCGCAUCGAAUCCCUUCGAGAGAAAAUUAGACAAAAAGAGCAGGAGAGGUUAAGUCAGAAGAGGGCGCAGGGCGUGAACGGGGAUGAAAAUAAAUGCAUUUCUGAUGCACGGACAGAAGGGGACACCUUUGAGGAGAGGGGGACUGAAAAGGAGAAAGGAUGGGAAUCCAUACCUCUUUUGCAGAAGAGGACGACUGCAGCACAGAGUAGUGAAGCAGACACGGCGGUGCAGACAUCCGGGUCUGUGUUUGACAUCACGCAGGAAGUCGAUGUGUUGAAAAACUGCCCUCCGCUUCCUGUUUCUGUCCUCGACUCACCCACUGUUGGUGAAGAGGAAGUACGUAGCGGCUUCGCCAACGAUCCCUCGGAAAACUGCGGCCAAUUAUUCCUUCAAGCAACUGACGAUGAGCGUGACACUUUGAAACAUGCGGAAGAGCAAGUAACACAACACGGGACCCGACACCAUUGCGGGGAAAGAGAACGAGAGGGAAGCGACGCGGAGGACCCCGAGAAGGAAGUCGAGGGAUACGCACCAUCCAUUGAGCCGGCGCAACCUCCCUCACCCUCGCCGCCGCAUCCCAACUCCCUCGCAGCGAUGAGCCGGAUCUACAACUUGGAGACGGUGGGCUCGAGGUCGGGCUUGUGUUUGAGAGAGAGGAAUGUGGACGUGUCAUCGGUACAUCUCAUUAAGGUGAAGCCCCUCCUCCCGUCCGAUGCACAAAAGGGAGAUGGUAAAGUGUUCUCGGGAGAAGAUGCCGGUGGGCUGAAGACCAUACAACUUCCAAUUGAGCAGUUUCGUCUCAAAGAGCAGGAAGUGCUGCAGUCCCAACAUGUUGCCUCAACAUCAAACACUUCUUGCAAAGAGGCAAAAGGACCCCAAAGCAAAGGAUUCAGAAAGCAUCAGGCUGAGGAGAUGGUCAAAGAAACACCGGAAAUGAACCCCAAAGUGUGUCCCCGACGGAUUUUUUCGCCAACAUCGCUUCUUAAACAACCAAACCCAAUUCAUACCUCGCAACUCAGAAGCCAAUCGCCGGACAAAUCGCUGAAGCCCUCCGACUGCGCACCGACUCCAGCCUCCUCGCCGUGUUCUCCAUCUCCCGCUGCCUCUCCAUCGCCAUCGCCGACAUUCUUCUCCAUUCGCAGUGCCUCGGGGGGUCACGUGAAGAGAGGGGCCACCAUUACAAUCACCCCCAAAAAACCCACCACAACGGGAAGAACAACCGGAUCCAUAACGCCGUCCAACCCAGCUGCAUGCGCCAAUACAAAAAUACCCCAGCCGACCCAACAAAACCAGACAACCUCGGCUGCGGCCGAGCCCGCGAAGAAGAAAUAUCCGUCAGUGGAAGAAAUUGAAGUGAUUGGCGGAUAUCAGAACCUGGAGAAGUCAUGUCUCGUUAGAAGCAAAGGGACUCCGAAAAGGGGGAAGGUGUGUUUCAAUGAGGACCGACUCGAGCAAGUGUGCGAGUAUCCUUCCGAGACCUCCAUGUUGGUUUCCACCCCCUACCCCCAUGAAACUGGGAGGACCGAGACCCCGCAGGGAGAAGAGCCGCAGGAUGAAGAAGGGGAAGCGGAUGGAGAGGUCAUGUCCAAAAGCUCAAGAAAUUUGGGCACUGCAUUGGGACGGGGUCUAAGAGUGGGUCAGUUUCACCCCCUUCUCAAAAAACAUAAGAUGAGUCGUGCCCUCGGUAGACGCCACUCACCUCACCAAAAUGCCCGUGCGAAGCAAUCGGGCUUUCGGAGGUUAUUGAAUGUUUCAUUCGAUGGUUUGAAAUGAGUCAUCUCAGUCUGUGUAGUGAUGAUAUACAGUUUGUUUCCUGCUGUGGAUAGCAGCGGUUUAUAUUUAGCUUUAUUUUUCAGGGGGACAAAUGUGAAUGUAUGGCACAUAAUGUCAAGGUCUUAGUUCACCAGCUGCUUUUGGUGCUCUGUGGCAAAAGAUCACUUGUCUAUGCAAAAAAUGAAAAUGGUUUUAUUCUGUAGUUAAUCUAUUUGAUAGGAUUUCAAUUUCUGAUAUGAAGUCAGUCAAUCAGUGAUGGUUAUCUCAUCUGAGUGCCUUGUGCCUGCAUGAUACAGUGAACCCGCACACAUGGUAUGAAGAUCAGUUGACAUGUUUUUAUUUGUGUCUAUUCUGUAAAUGAAAAGAAGUGAGUGACUGUUAUUUUAAUAUUUUGUCACAUCGAAGUGGCAAAAACUAAGAAAGAAGACAACAGCAGAUUUGCGUGAGCGUUUUGCAACUGCUGUCAGAUUAUUGGCUGUGUAUUAUUUACACAUACAGUAUUUAGUACUUUUUGUUUGUAAAUGAACAUGUUUUGACGGGUGAAACGUGCAUAAAGUCUGGACAGAAACUGCACAAAUGAUUUUUAUUUUUUGAAACGGCUUGCUUGAAAAAAAAUGGAAUAAAUAUUUAAAACCUU